AUGUUGGCAAUGGAGAAGGAAUUUGAUUCAGAACUUGCUCCGGGAGAAAAUCGGUUUUCGUCUUUUCCGAUGAUGGAAGAGACGACGGAUAACACCGGAAAAAACAGCUGGGAGAAGAAGAAUGUCGCUGUCGCUGCUGCUACUCACAACAACCAUCACCGUUACAAAUAUCUCUCCAAUUACGGUGGCGGAGGAAGCUCAUGGCGGCGUUUUCUCUUCUUCGCUUCCUGCUUUGGGCUGUACGCUAUCGUCGCCGCGACGUACGCCUGGCUCACGUUUCCGCCGCACAUCGGCCGUACGGAUCAUGUAUCGACGUCUUCGCUAGGUUGCAGAGAGGACAACGAGGGUUCCUGGUCGAUCGGCGUUUUCUACGGCGAUUCUCCCUUCUCUCUCAAACCCAUCGAAAGCAUCAAUGUAUGGAGGAACGAGAGUGCAGCAUGGCCUGUGGCUAACCCAGUUUUAUCAUGUGCCUCCAUGACCAAUUCCGCCUUUCCUAGCAACUUUGUAGCUGAUCCCUUUCUCUAUGCACAGGGUGAUACUCUUUACCUCUUCUUUGAAAACAAAAACCCAAUUACAAUGCAAGGUGAUAUAGGAGUUGCCAAAAGCAUUGACAAAGGAGCAACUUGGGAGCCUCUUGGCAUAGCUUUGGAUGAGGCUUGGCACUUAUCUUUUCCAUUCGUCUUCAACUACAACGGACAAAUUUACAUGAUGCCGGAGAGUAACCAGAUAGGACAGCUUCAUCUCUACCGUGCUGUGAACUUCCCCUUGAGCUGGAAGUUAGAGAAAGUCAUGUUGAAAAAGCCUCUUGUUGAUUCGACUAUAAUCCAUCAUCAAGGAAUCUAUUGGCUAUUAGGAUCAGAUCAUAGUAGCUUUGGGACGAAGAAGAAUGGACAGCUGGAGAUUUGGUACAGUAGCACUCCUCUUGGACCGUGGAAGCCACACAAGAAGAACCCUGUCUACAACGGUAAAAGAAACGUCGGGGCAAGAAACGGAGGCAGAGCGUUUUCACACGAUGGGAAUCUUUAUCGUGUUGGUCAAGACUGCGGUGAGAACUAUGGGAAAAGGAUACGCAUAUUUAAGAUAGAGGCUCUAUCCAAGGAAGUGUACAGAGAAGUCGAAGUCCCAUUCUCCUUGGAGACGUCGCGUAAAGGUAAAAACUCUUGGAACGGAGUCAGGCAGCAUCAUUUAGAUGUACGGCAGCUUAGUUCUGGUGAGUACAUUGGUUUCGUUGAUGGUGACCGAGUAACUUCAGGCGAUCUGUUUCAUAGGGUUUUCCUCGGUUACGCCUCUCUCGCAGCUGCUAUCUCCGUGGUUGUGUUGCUCGGGUUUCUGCUUGGGGUCGUGAACUGCAUUGUUCCAUCAACCUGGUGCAUGAACUACUACGCGGGGAAAAGAACCGAUGCGCUCCUGAAUUUAGAAACUGCGGAUUUCUUCUCGGAGAAGUUAAGACGGAUUUGUUCUAGGUUAAACCGUGUACCGCCUUUUCUCAGAGGGCUCGUGAAGCCUAACACCUCCUUGGGAAGAUUAACACUCGUUUUGAUAGUGCUUUUGGGACUUUUGCUCGCGUGUGUAGGCAUCAGAUAUAUCUACGGUGGAAGCGGAGCGGUCCAGCCUUAUCCGUUCAAAGGUCAGCUGUCUCAGUUCACGUUAGCAACUAUGACUUACGACGCACGUCUUUGGAAUCUCAAAAUGUACGUUAAGCAUUACUCUCAGUGUCCUUCCGUGAGAGAGAUCGUCGUCAUAUGGAACAAAGGACCGCCUCCUGAUUUGACUGAGCUAGACUCGGCCGUGCCUGUCAGAAUCAGAGUCGAGAAGCUGAAUUCUCUGAACAACAGGUUUAAUAUUGAUCCGCUGAUUAAAACCAGAGCUGUUCUUGAGCUUGACGACGAUAUCUUGAUGUCUUGUGAUAACAUCGAGAAAGGGUUUAGGGUUUGGCGGGAGCAUCCGGAGAGACUGGUCGGAUUCUACCCUCGUUACGUUGAUCAGACCAUGUCUUACAGCGCGGAGAAAUUCGCGAGAAGUCACGAGGGAUACAAUAUGAUUCUCACCGGAGCAGCGUUUAUGGACGUUGGUUUCGCGUUUGAUAUGUAUCAGUCGGAGAAAGUGAGACUCGGUAGGAAAUUUGUGGACAAGGAGUUUAACUGUGAAGAUGUGUUGAUGAAUUUCUUGUAUGCGAAUGCGAGUGGAUCGGGGAAGGCUGUGGAGUACGUGAGACCGUUUUUGGCUGUUGACACGUCGAAAUUCUCAGGCGUAGCGAUAAGUGGAAACACGAACCAGCAUUACAGAAAGAGGAGUAAGUGUCUCCGGAGAUUCUCUGACUUGUACGGAAGUCUGGCUGAUCGGAAAUGGGUAUUCGGUGGGAGAAAAGACGGGUGGGAUUUGUAG